AUGAUCAACACCACAGCAGGUGGUGCUAGAAAGGACUUGUUAGCUUCAUCUAAGCCGCAAACUUUGAACUUGUCAACGGACAAUUUGAUAUCUGUUGAUACAAAGUUUAUCAAAAGACCAACAAAGUCAAAAACAUCAACAUCAACAUCCAAAACAAAGAAUUUUUCCAAUGGUAAUGCAGUAACGUCGUCGUCAACACUGAGCUCAUUGAGUAGUUCGAGCUUACGGAGUAAUAGUAUGACAAAUCUCAGCAAUAGUAUCAGCUUCAAUGGUGGUAGUUCAUACUAUUCAAAGGAAGGUGUAUAUUUCUUCCCAAAUGGCGAAGUCUUCAGACCGAGAAUUGCACCGGCAAAGAGAAAUAGACCUGGGAAAAUAAUUACCGAGGUCCCAUCUCCUCAGCCGCCUCAAUCGUCGUCGUCACCACCACCACCACUACCUCCACUAUUAUCUUUGUCUGUUUUGGAGGAAUCUGCUAAACCAGUUGAUUGUGAGUUUCUGGUGGAGGGUACAGAAGUUAGCAGUGCUUCAUACAAAUCGGUUCAGAUCCCUCGUCGAGUACACCAACUUCUGAACACCAAUACUACCCCACCACCAUCGCCAUAUUCUUCCUCGUCAUCCACAACUGAUAAUAACUAUGUGGAGCAACAAUCGAUUAAAUCAAACAGUUCCUUUAAUUUUAUCCCAAAAUCAACGUCCCUUCAGAAUAUCAAGCAAUUGAAUAAACAAAACUUGACCAAAAGUCUAAGGGAAUGCAAGGGAGAUAUUUUACCCAAUAUGGUGAUAGUUGGAGGAGGUUCAAACAAAACACCAUAUGAAAAUUUUAGAAACAAUAACAGUAGCACUUCAAGUUUGAAAAAUGCUUAUAAAUUGCAAUCUCAGAAUAUCACAAAAACCGAACAACAUUAUCUGUCCAAUACUUCUUCAUUUUCUUCCACAAAUUCACAGGAUUGUAACGGAUUUGUUAAUAACUCAACUACAAACGUUGAUCGAUCUAGGAGUAACACACCACCGACGUCAAUUAAUGAUGAGCAACAACAGCAGCAACAACAGCAACAACAGCAGCAACAACAGCAGCAACAACAGCAGCAACAGCAGCAGCAACAGCAACAGCAACAACAACAACAACAAUCUCCUCAUCCAUUCAGUAUCCUCAUCGAUACAAGUUCAGUAUUUGAUUUCUACAAUAGUAACGGUAAUGCAUCAGUCACCAAGAACCAAGGUGGUCAGCUUUUAGACACUGAAAAUUCUGAAAAACAGCACCAUUCUACUACUUCCACAAGGACUGGAGUACGACAGCAGAGCACUCUGCGAGAAAGUACUGAUAGCUCAAAUGAUUUAAGAAGUAGCACGGGGUCCUCAUCAUACGAAAGCAACAACCAUCAAGAUGACGCGACUGAAGAUACAGUACUAAGCACAUUAAACGAGAAGAGCGAAGAUAAUUCCGAGACAAAAAUGAAAUCAAAUGAUGGUGCAGGUCACUUGGAUCAUUAUUCUUCUUCUAUUAAUACUAAAAGCAUCUCGAAGCAUCGGUUUAUUCGUGAUGAUAAUGGAGUUUUAUCGGAUUUUGAGAAAUUCCAAGCAAAGGCAAAGACGGAAAAGUUGGCCUCCUUUGUAAUAAAUGCAAAUAAUAGUACUUUGACGGACUUAUCAUUUUAUGAGUCUGUUCCACCUUUGGACAUCUCAAGACAGAAUAGUAAAAGUGAUACUGAGACAUUAGUGUCUCGGGCAUUUUUGUCAUCUGAUAAAGCACCUUCUAGUCAACGAUCAGAUCUCAACAAACCAAUUGUAAGAGGGUUUUCCCAAUUUUCAAGUAUUUCCUGUGAAGAUGAAAUAUUCAAAACACCUAUUCAAACACCUCUCAGAGAGGGAUUUGGAGAGCAAAUACGACAACAGCAACAACCAUCAGCGUCUGCAACACCAGUAAUGAAAGUUUCACCAUCCACAACACUUUCGCCUGGAGCAGAAUUAUCUGAGGGAUCUUCUUCAUAUACUAACACCCUGACACUCCACUCCAAAACAAAUGCAAGCCCAUCUCCAAACCUUGUUAAGGAUGAGAUCAGUUUGAAACAACAAAAACAACUACGUAAGAACCCAUUGAAUGAGCAUUUAUACGCAAAAAUUAAUUUACAAAAUAGCACACCCAAUGGCAAUCGAGGUAGUCAGAUUAGUCUUUUGCCUGAGCCAACUAUUGACACGGAGUCGUGUAUCGAACUGUAUUAUGAAGAUUCAUCACCUGGUCUGUCUGGGCAUAAUAGAUUGGAAACAAAAUUCGAUAAAACAGCACCUUCUAUCCAAGAAGAAGAUGAAGAAGAAGAUGAUGAAGAUGAAGAAGGCAACAAAAGCUCCGAAGGCGCUUCAACUCAUGAACAAAUUGUAUUCUAUAAUAGCGAGCAUUCGAUACAAUUUGUCUCUUCUCCAACACAAUCUGAUCCACUAACCCCUCGAAGCUCAAGGUAUUUCGAUAUUGACUCAUCGUCAUUUGACAAAUUUGUAAAUGAUACACAAGAUCAAGUACCACCAAGAGGAGAUGUAAGAAUUGUUAGUAACAAAAAGAUUAAAAAAAAUUGUAGGAACACAUCACGCAGUCCAUCAAUUGAGAACCUUCUGGCAGCUAACCUAAAAGAAACCGAUAGAGAUAAUAAUAAGUUGACAACUUUAGACAAGAGCAAAGAGGCUCAAGAAAUUAUUAUUCCCAUUGCCUGUGAAAAAGUGACACCAUCUUCAUCCCUACUUCCACCUCCACCUAUUGAAAAAUCGCCUAAUAUGGUGGUUAAAGGAAGGCCCAAGAAAAGGAAAGCAAAAAAAGUAUCUAUUGCCGAAGUGACACCAGUUGAGACUAAAUUUGACCAGCCUAUCCCAAUCGGUGCAAACCCCAGUUCCAACCCAGGAUCAUCAUUGUCAGGACCAGUUACCCCAAAAUCUCAAUCACAACCACAUCAGAAAAAAAUCGGUACUGACGAGUCCGAAAUACCAAGUCCUUCAAAACUGUUGAAUGAUACUCCUCCCAUUAUCGAUGAAACUCUUCGCAACAAAAAUUCUGAGAGCCAAGGUCAUUCUAAUAAAAUUAAACCAAUGUUGUUAGAUGAUGCUGCAACGGUAACUAAUCCAGUCAAGACCAUAAAAAAGGCAAAGUCAAUGUCAGAACUCAAUAGUCAGAAACAACAAACUAAGCGGAAUUUAUCUACAGGUGAUCUACUACAGUCUGAACCACUUCAUCAGCACUCCACACCUAUCAAACCCACCCAUCAACGGCAAAACAAUAACAAUUUGCCAACACGCAAGCCUCCGCAGUCUUCUGCAAAAUCAAAUAUGGCAACCUCGAACAAACCACAAUCCCCCAAAAAAGAAAAAUCUAGUAAAAAUUUCAAAUCAUUUUUGAAAAAACUUGUUCCUCAUGGUGAAAAACCUCACUUUGUAUCAUCAUUAUCAUCUCCUUCUUCUUCGUUUAGUAGUGACACAACAGGAUCAAAAGGGGCUCAACCCAAACUAUUCAAAUUCAAUAGAUCUAAAAAGGGAAAAGAUACCUUUUUCACUGAUAUCGAGCCACCACAUGCCCCAGCAAAACAAGCAGAAAGACCAUUUUCAGUGCUAAGUGACCUGGCUUCGUCUUUAAAAUUAGGCUCGUUGCCAGAUUUCGAGCCUGACGAAAGUGGAAUAUUUGAUGAUAUGAUGUUGACAUUUGAUGAAAAGUUUGAAUCUGAAUUAAUUGCUACUCAACCACCACGGAAUAUCAAUUUGUCGUUGAGUACAUCAAAUACCAGUGAACCUUUUAUUAAGGAUGAUGAAUUAACUAGAGAUCAAAUUGUGGAUCAAAAGUUGAAGGAUGAUACUGUUGUAGAUGAUGAGGAUGUUGUUGUUGGAGAUGGCGGAUUCACGAUGGAAGAUUUGGCUAAUUUGGCCAUUAAUCUUCCAGCUAAUAGUGACCCAUGUAGUACUAUUGGCAGUAAUUAUGUCGAUGAAAAUAUUGAAUUUUUAAGAAGAGAGGAGUUUUGGACUACAAUGGAUGAAAUGGCAUUGAAGAGACACAUUGCCAAGGGCGUGUCUCAUUUAAAAGAGGAAGUUGUUUUUAGUGACCCACCUUCGCCAGCUGCACCCGAAGAUAACGGUAAAAAUGCGGUUGUUACGGAAAAAGAAGAUAUUACUGAUCGUGUAGGGAAUGAUAAAUCUUCAUUAGAGGGGCUCAAUAAUGAAGGACGACGCACGGUAGUAAUUGCAAAUGAUGAAUUGGAAUAUAUUGUAAACAAUCUCACUGAGGAUGAACAAAGGCACCUUCCUGCCCAUUUGAAGUACGUUAAACAAUUUGUUGAUUACGAUUCCGUAACUGUUGAACUUUACAAACUUGAAGACUUGCCUCAACCUCAACCACCGCGUGUUGCCGUUGCUAAUACUUCAAUUCUUUCUCGACGCAAAACUCGAGCUGGUCCAACUAUUAAUUUAGGGAAAAAGAAAAUUGCUAAAGGUCGCGUUCAAUUCACAAACAAGAUUAUUAUUAAUGAGACAUUUUCGGGAGAUGUUUAUAAACGGUAUAACAAGCUGAUUACUCAAUAUAGUCUAAAUGAUCUGCGAGAAAUCAACAGAAUCAAAAAUGAAGUCAAUCAAUACAAGUGUAGCGAAAUGUUGGUUCAUGAGAGUUCUCAAAAUAACACUCAUUUUUUUUAUUGA